AUGGUACAAGCAACGCCUUUCCAGACGGAGGCUUGGACAGAGUACGCGUUUGGUGUUGUCAUCCUACUCGUCCGGAUUUUUGCAAGGUACCAAACUGUGGGAAUAAAAUCAUGGCAAGGGGAUGAUUAUUUUGCAAUCAUAGCUCUUCUUUUCUGGACCGCUGAGCUGACGAUGCUGGCAUUGAUCGGCCAAUAUGGAACAAACAUUGGAUGGACACCAGAGCAGCGAGCAGCAUUCAGCGAUGCUGAUAUAGCUAAGCUGGAGAUUGGCUCCAAGUGCCUCCUAGCAGGAUGGAUCUGCUACACCGCGUUGAUCUGGUCUCUUAAAAGUUGCAUGAUUUUCUUCUAUCUCCGUCUCACGUCCGGCCUGUGGCACCAGAAGAUCGUCAAAGCCAGCGCCGUAUUCUGUGACAAAUGUUACAACCGAUGCGAUCUUGGUCUCCAUCCCAAUACCGUUAUUGAUCCGAGUGAGAAUUACUCUAAAGCGUUCGUCGCCAUCAUCGCCGUGAACGCUCCCUGCAUCAAACCCCUUCUCAGCACCGCCAAUUGGAUGGGCUCUACCAAAGACAAAUCAUCCCAAAAUCCAACUUCUGGCGUAACCAGCGGAAAUUACAACCUCGCAAAGCUCAGGGUGCCGCAGAACAAUACACAAAAGGGCGGACAAACCACCAUCGACGACCAAGACAGCCAGGAAUUUAUUCUUGAUAGAACCGAUCAUUAUCGUUCCGAUACCUUUGGAUACACCCAUAAUGUCUCGACCAGUGCCCCUCCUGAAAAUUGGCCGGGAAUCCAAGUCACAACUACAUACGAGGUGACCAAGGUCUGA